AUGGAGUCCACCGAAGAUGACCCCAUACACGGAAGAUGAGGACAUUGAACAUUAUUUAACCACGUUUGAGAGGAUAGCUCUCGCAAACCAGUGGCCAGUGGAAAGUUGGGCACUGUAUCUUGUACCCCUGUUGUCAGGGAAGGCCCGCGCUGCUUAUGUGGCAAUGGACAUACUGGACACCAGAGAAUAUGCCAAGGUGAAACAAGCCAUCUUGACAAAGUACAAAAUUGACCCAGAGGCCUAUCGUCACAGGUUCCGCUCCAUGGGCUUCCUGGAGGAUGAGACGGCGAGGGAACUUCAAUCAAGACUCACCGACCUCUACCAAAAGUGGAUUUGUCCCGUGGAGAAGACUAAAGAGCAGAUCGGAGAUAUAAUCGUUCUGGAGCAGUUUCUCCGCAUACUGAGCCCAGAACUGAGGGUGUGGGUUAAAGAACAUAACCCACAGUCCUCGAAGCAAGCCGCUGAACUGGCGGAGGCUUUCAUCGCUGCCCGCCGACACAGGAAAGGUUACCAAGUCGGGAACCAAGAGACAAUGAACCGACGCAGCCAAGACGCCCAGCGGGACUUUGACCGGAAGCCGUCUGGUAAGUCUGGGGGUGGUGGUCGUGAGUUCAGGGGACUUAGUAGCCCUAAUAGUAAUUCCCAGCAGCCCAUUCAGCCCAGUAAGCCUAGGUAUAAAAUAAUCUGCCAUAACUGCGGACAGCCUGGCCAUAUCAAGCCAGAGUGCCCUUUAGCGCCCACUAGAGAUGCCAGAUUAUGUUACACCCCUUGCAAUGGUUCUACUAGUGCAACCCCUAGCUCUAGGGAUGCGAUAGUGCCCGUCAGAAUCGGGGGGAAGGUGUGGAAAGCCCUAAUAGAUUCAGGCAGUAGCCAGACAUUUGUCCGAAGAGCAUGUCUGGGUACAGAGGGAUUAGUGGGACUGGGGAGCGUCAAGGUACGUUAUAUACACGGUGACGAGAGUGAGCACCAGACAGCUGACAUACAGGUGGAGAUUGAAGGUCAGUCUUACUUACUGAAUGUCGGUAUGAUGGAUAAGUGUCCUUACCCUGUGGUGCUAGGACAGGACGUGCCUGUGUUGGCAGAGUUAUUGCAGCGUCACUUACCCCAAGCGAGCAGUUGUGUGGUAACUAGAGCUCAAGCUAAGGCUAACGCCACGGAUGCAGCUUCGUGGCAGGAGUUACCCUUUCCUGUAAGGAAAGGGGGAAGGAUAGGAAACCCAAGUCAGUUAGGAGGAGGGAAAAAGUGUUAGGAACUCCAGUACAGGAGCAGCUACCCCUACCACCACUAGAUGUGAGUGUGGUGGAGGUUACGGACUUUGGGCAGGUGCAGAGAGAUGACGCCACAUUGAGUGCCCACUUCAAGAGAGUGAGGAACGAGGAGGAGGUUUCUAGGGCGGCAGUGUGUGGAAAAGAGUUAUUUGUGGUGAGAGAGGGAAGGCUGAUGCGUUUAAGUGCUGAGGGAGAACAACUGGUAGUUCCUAAGCUACUGCGUGCUAAGGUACUGAACCUAGCUCACAGUAUUCCCUGGUCAGGCCACUUAGGGCAACAGAAAACCCUGGACAGGAUUGCUACCCGGUUUUACUGGCCUGGUGUAUACCAGGAGGUUGUAGCUUUUUGUAAAUCCUGCCCGACCUGCCAGCUCACUUCCCGUUCAAAAAGAGGCUUGAAGGCACCCCUAAUUAGCCUCCCCAUCAUCGAUGUCCCCUUCACUAGGAUUGCUAUGGAUGUUGUAGGCCCCCUUGACAGGAGUAGGGCUGGCCACAGGUACAUCUUGGUGA